AUGAAAGCAUCUGCUUUAAUAGUAACUAAUCGCAUGAUCGAUCAAUUUGUAAAAGUCCACGGAAAGCUCACAACCAUCGUCUCCGAUCAUGGAGUACAAUUCAUCAGCCACAUUUGGCAAAGUCGACUGACCGAGUUAGGUAUUCAAGUAUUAACUACCAGUGUAUAUUACCCCCAAAGCAAUCCGUCCGAAAGGGUAAUGCGGGAAGUUGGUAGACUUUUCCGUACAUACUGUCAUGAAAAACAUACAAGUUGGUUCCAAUAUAUUCAUUAUAUAGAAUUGGUCCUCAAUAAUACAGUCCACGAGUCUACGGGUUCUACUCUCCAAGAAAUAUUUAUGAGAACCGCGAGAUAUCAUCCAUUUGGUAUCUUAGUAGAGACUCCUCCCGACCGUAAAGAAAAUCCUAAUACACAAUACAUAUUGGCCAGAGAAAUCCAAAAUAACAAAGCCGAGCCUCGAAAUGUCGACAUAGUAGUAAGGGAAUUUCACCCCGUUUCGUAA